AUGUGCGUCAGUUGUUCAGGGGAUGCUAUCGCUGAGCUGGAACGUCGGCCGAGCCCGCAUUUCCAAAACCACCACGACUUGUCUGCUUCCCCUCGUGCAAAUGACACCAAAGCCAUCGACGUGAAUGAUGCUCUGGAGCGCUUCACGCUUUGGGCUGGAAACACGGGCGCUCUCCUGUCCCCUACUUCCCGACUCUCCUUGGACAGCAGAUUAGCCGCCGCGCCAGAAACACUUGAUCAGGUUUGCGAGGUGCUGAACGAUCUUGCCGAUGCGAUAGCAGACUUACAUAUUAUCUCCUCAGCGAAACAUUACAAUGAUGACACUAUCGACCCCGGCACGGGCAUGACGAAUGUCUGGAACACCCCAACUCCCAAGGUCUUAGCUUUGGGCUCGGUCCAAGAUGCUCUGGAAGAAGCCCAUUCGCAAAUGGACAUCAUUUCCGAAUACCUCAUAUCACUAUUUCGCAUCGCUAUGAUUAUCCGCAAGUCGAACAAGUAUCCCAAGCUAUCCGAGAAGCUCCGAAAGCAUCUAAGAGGCGUCAAUGUCAAAAGACGCCAAGUCAUCAAGUAUUGUCAUGACCACAAGACUCGUCUUUCGAAUGAGGACGGUGACAAAGCUUUACCAGACUUGGCUAGAACUGGCGUUGGUUCAAGCAAGGCUAGCACGUUUGCAUUUGGAGUCGCAUCUGAUCUGAAGUUCGAUGCAGCUGAGGUGACUUUUGACGAAGAUGUCGUCUCCCAGCUCUCGGUUUCGACUGCCAGUGCGGCAAACUCGACGCUGGCCCUCCCACGCCUUUCAAAGCUGUCCCCACACGGCGAACCGUUCGAGUGCCCAAUCUGCUGUACAUUCCAGUCAUUCCGUCUCGAGGGGGCAUGGAGAAAGCACGCAUUUCAUGAUCUAAGAGCAUACGCCUGUACAGCCGACUGUGGCGAGAUUUUCGGUGACAGAAACGCCUGGUUUGAGCAUGAAUUGCGCCAACACCGAUCACGUUAUAUAUGCAGUCUCUGCGCAUGCCCGGGUUUGCUCACCGAGGUGGACUACAAGGAGCACAUCAGGAGCAGCCACGGGUCGUUUGACGAGGAGCAAUCGCAGCGCUUGUUGGACUCGAACCGACAGAUCAACUCGGUUUUCCGGGCUCAGGACUGCCCUUUCUGCGACGAAUGGGCCUCGAUCCUCAGUGCCAAGCGGGAUCCCAAGGGGAAAGGUCGCCAAGAUGACAAAUGCGACCCUACAGUUUCGGCUAGCCGGUUCAGGAGACACGUGGGCACGCACCAGGAGCAAAUAGCCAUUUUUGCCGGACCCAGAGAGGCGGAAGAUGAGGACGAGGCUGCGACUCCAACGUCGGCAACCAGCGGCUCCGGGAAGGAGCCUCACUCUCCGUCUCUCCCUGACUCUGAUAACGGCGGCGAAUUGCAGCCACGGGCCGCUGAAGAGCCCAUCCAAGUUUCGGACGUUGUAUCUGACAGGAACACAGACUCUUUUGCUUCCACGCCCAGUCAUUUCGAUCAUAGACCGGGCCCCAGGGUCGGACCAAAGGAGACUGGAUACACCCUUAACUCAACAGAUGCUCGCUGCUCACCCUACCCAGACCUAGAAGAAGACCUAGUGGCAAGCCUUAUUGAUCUAGGGGGGCAUGUCUCUAGGCAAUACGAGGUCGAUGCCGGUGGAAGAAUGGUGCAAGGACCUCCCAUAAAAUUCACCGAGACAAAGCAAACACCGCAGCCACUAUGGGAGGUGGAGGUCCCAGAGAAAGCACGAGCGUAUCAAAGCCUAACGGAUGAAAUUGGGGAAACGCUCUCCUCGCAGUACCAUGUCGACAACGUAAAUGAUGGACCCAAGAGUGCGCAUGGCAACGCUCUCGACGCAGACGUAGCAGCAGCGGGAAUCGGCAGCAACCCAAUGGAGGAAUUAUUAAUGAUUCAACGUCGGCUUGAAACAGAAAUAAUUCCGGGCUGCAGGACAUUCAUAUCGGCCAACUCAGCCAACAGGGUACGGAAAGACCACCUGCGGUUAUCCGAGAUGUUGAAAGUUGUAUUAAUGAACAUAGACGGGGUGUCAAGGGGCGGUAACGAACUAAUACAUGGGCUUGGAAGGAAGCUGGCCAGCACAGUGGAGUCAGAACUGGCCGUCCUAGACAAGGCUUUUAAAUCUGGAGGACGGCGCUUGUGGAAUUGUGGAUCAUGCGGCAGACAGGUUGUGUUUUGCAAAGGGACAAAAGAUGGUACGUAUGAGGUUGGCAGCGGAGAGGGGACCAAUAUGGUCAUCGCAACUGACCCGCUGUAUUUUUGCAAAUGCGGUGACGAUUUUAUCUGUUUAAAAUGUGUCGUUGUCGAGGCCGAAAUUUGCAAAUGUUAUACACCGGGGGAGUUGAGGAGGAGGCAGGCAAAAGGGCAGGUUUGA